ACAACGGCACAGAGGGAGUAAAAUGGCUUCCAAACAAAGGCCUAUGGUGACUGAAGGUGACGUGAUAGCCUUCAGCAAACACAUGGAUAAUUAUAGCCCUUGGGAGCUGAUGAAGCUGAGCGAGCACUUCCGCCCCGACAUGGUCUAUGUGAUAGAGAACGACAUUCCCAUUGUGCUGCAGGAACUCACCAGCAGACCCGUCAUCACUGCUCAGCAGGCCCAGGAUUACAGUGACUGGGAGAAGAACCACGACUCAACCGGCACUGCAGAGAAGCUAGUGCGUGAUAUUUUCGCUGUGAGCUAUGCUGCGAGGCUGGGGCUCUGGACGUGUCUGUUUGCUCUGCAGAGCAGAUGGGCUCACCCCAAUCUCAAUGGGAUGCUGGAUGAAAUAAUUCAGAAUGGUCACAAUCUGUUACAGGAAAUUCUCCUGAAUGAAUCGGGACAUGCCCCCGACCCAGAACUGAAAGCUUGUCAAGUAGAGCACAAAGCCAAACUCCGUGAUCUCACAGGGAGGAUGAAGGAAAACAAGACCCCAGGGCAAUCUGAAGGGCAGAUUUUCCCCAUCUCUAGCCGCUAUGUGGAGCUGAAGGUGGUCUCAGACCGUCACUUCAAGAAGCAGACACACCAGGAACACGAGGCCCUGGCCGCGGCUGGGGAGCUGAAUGAAUAUCGCCUCCAGAGGAGAAUGAAGAGUGAGCUGGAGCGCAUUGCCCCUGACCGGCUCUUCCGCUGGUGCUUUCGAUCCCGCCGUGUCCCCCUGUCUGUGAUGGUGAGCGGAGUAGCCGACGUGGGCAAGACAACCCUGGUGCAGAAAUUCAUCUUUGACUGGGCAACUGGGAAGCACUACCAGAAAUUUGCCUUUGUUUUCUUCUUCAAGUUCCGGGAAGUGAAUGAGGAAAAGAUGAGUCUAGAAUCUCUGAUCUGUCAAACAUAUCCACCCCUCUGGGACAAGCUCCCAAGAGUCCUGGAAGACCCUGAGAAGCUGCUUUUCAUCUUUGAUGGCUUGGAUGAGAGCAAGACAGAUUUGAAAUUAAGGAGCAGAGAAGCCCAUGAGCUGUGUAUGAAUCCAGGGGAUGUGAAGCCAGUUACUGUGAUUGUCGCCAGCCUGCUGAAACAGACUCUGCUGAAGGGAUGUUCUGUGCUGCUGACCAGCCGCCCCAGCAAGUUGACCAGUUUGGAGGUUGGAGUCUUCCAUAGAGUGGCCAGUAUCGUGGGCUUCCUCUCCAAGGAAAGGGAAAGAUACUUUUCCAUGUUCUUUGGAGAUGAGCGAGUCUCCAGAGAGGCCUUUGCGUAUGUAAGGGACAGUCAGGUUCUGUACACGCUGUGCUACAACCCGUCUUACUGCUGGAUCACAUGCACGGCCCUGAAACCCUGCUUCAUUGCCAGGGCAGGGAGACCACAGCCUGCACCCAAAACAGUGACCCAGCUCUUUGUGAGCUACGUCACCCAUAUUAUGGCCAAUCACACCCAGGAGCGGCCUGAGCCUCAGAGGAUGCGAGAUACAUUGAUAAGUGUUGGAUGGUUGGCUGAAUACGGCAUCACAGAUCGCACACUUGUCUUUCAGCCGCAUCACUUACAGGUUGCCAAUGUGGAGUUUUCUCCAUUCCUCACUGGCUUCUUGGUGGAGAACCCUCAAGCUGAGGGCUCUUCCCAGGUGACCUACUCCUUCCUUCACCUCACCAUCCAGGAGUUCUUUGCUGCCCUCGUGCAUUACCUAGAUUACAAGGAGGAGAAGUUCAGAGACACAAUGGCUAAAGUCAGGUCCUGUAAGGAAGGUGACUAUGAGAUCUUCUCUCGCUUCCUGGCUGGGCUCUCCCAUCCUGCAACCAGGAUGCCCCUGGAGAAAUAUGUGGGGCAACUCAAGUCCUCUGCAGAGGCAACUCACAAAGUUAUUGGGUGGCUCAGCGAGAUGAACUAUGAGGAGCUGCAGAGCAGAGAAGAUCCUGAGGGGAAGAGGAGGCUGAUUAAUGUAUUGAAUUUGCUGUUUGAAUCCCGGAACAGCCAACUUGUGCGUGACGUGAUGGGUAAAGAUGCCCACGUGGACUUCUCAGAGUUAUACCUCAUGCCAGUGGAUUGCACAGUCCUUGCUUAUGUGUUGAGUUGCUGUGAAGAAAUACAGCGCCUAACCCUAGAUUCCUGCUUCAUCCAGAACGAGGGCCUGGAGCGACUCAGACCUGAGCUGCACAAAGUCAGAGAACUGAGCCUCUCAGACAACGAUUUGAAGGAUGAUGCAAUGAAGAAUAUUUGCUCUGUACUAAAGCAUCCAAACUGUAGGCUAGAAGACCUGAGACUAGAGAAGAACAUGUUCACAGAAGCAAGCUGUACAGACCUGGCCUCCGCCCUCAAGGAGAACCACACCCUCUUCAAUCUUGAUCUGACCAGAAACAAAGUGCGGAACAAUGGCCUUUAUGCCCUGUUAGAGGUGCUUAAGACCCCACAAUGCAAGAUUCAGAAAUUAGUCCUCCAGGAAAAUGGUUUAUCAGAUGACUCCUGUGAGAGGCUCUGCUCUGCUCUCUCCAGAAACUCCACCCUCCAGCAUCUGAACCUGAGUGCGAAUGUUUACACUGAUCGGUGCGCAGAAGACAUGCGUCGCCUUAUCCGGACCAGCUGCAGCCUCACCAACAUCAGAUUGAGUUUGAACGACUUCUCUCCAAAGGUAGAAGAGCAGCUGAGGAGCCUGCAGAGAGAAGGCCUGAAGAUUCAUAUUUAAAGGACUCUUUAAUCUGACAGUGCUGCUGUACUCUUCCAUCCUGUGAAAUCAGCACUUGACUCGGGGAAUUGCACCUGUCUGAAUGCACUGCCUGGUUUAACAACCACUGGGAUGAUUCAUUGUGGGAGUAACAAAGUUGGGGGAUCAGCUACACAUCGUGAUACAUGUAAAAUGCCUGGAAAUAACUUCCUGGAAACCCUGCCAAACUGUCCAUCCCCAGCACUGGCGCAAUGGGCUGCUCUUCUAAUUCAUUUCUUACUGCCAUUAGUCGACCUGUCAUUUGCUGGAUUGAGAUUCACUUACUCAGCAGAUGGAACUAACCAAUCUUUAUCAUGGGAAAACACUCAGCAAGCAGUGAUCAAUUAUUUACAAGUGGGAAGCUCAUCUGGAUGAUCUCAUCGCAGUCACCUUCAGCGCUGGACAAAACACCUUCAACCUCCCUUUGUUACACAGACUUAUUUAUGAUGUUCGGUUAACUUUUCUUAUGCAUAUGUAUUAGCGUGUCAUUUCCAUGUUAACUCUCCUCCUCUGUCAGUACAGGGUUAGUGUUAGUUCAAGGUGGGCUUUUCUAGCUUUUUAGUUACUUUAUCUUUUCUUUUUCUCACAAAUAUGAGUACUCUUCAAUUUCUUACAUGUACACAAAAUAAACAUGAUUACGCUGCAAUUUCUUACACAUGCACAGUUCUACUUAUGUUUACAUUGUUAAAUAUUAUCAGAAAAGACUCUUAAAAUUUACAGCAGGCUUCAAUCAGGUCUAAAUAUGCUGUCAUUCCCAACAUAGUUUAUUUCUUUUUGAAUUCAUUCCAAACCCAUUGUUGUGAUGGAAACUUCAAAUUUGUAUUGUUGUGUGACAUGGCAACUACAGCAAAAAGAAUUGCCAUAAACCGAGUGUGAUGCUGUGUAUAAAGAAAGGUCCUUCUUUGAGCAGGGGGUUGGACUGGAUGACCUCCUGAGGUCACUUCCAGCCCUGAUAUUCUAUGAUUCUAUGACCUCUAGACAGGCUCACAGGAGAAACUCAUCCCACCCAGAUAGCUUUUCCUGUGGAUGCCUCAGACAGCAAGGAGCCAAUGGCCACCCCCUGUGAUUCAUCAAAACAUGUAGGGGCAUGUGAUAUGCUCAUGUGACCCUCAAUUCCAUCUUGGACCAGUAAC